CAAUUUGCAGCUGGAAUCAAUGAAAUUGUACUGCUUCUACUACUAUACUAUACUAUACUAUACUAUGCAUCCAACUUCUGAAAAUCUCAAAUACUCAUUUGGGUUGGUGAAGCUUUCACGGGGUGGAACCAUUUCUGGUCUCUUUCUUCACCCACCACCUCUAAAUCCUGUGGCCCACACCCAACCACGCAUUUCUUCAUCCUCAACCGGGGUUUCGGUGUCACCUUUCUGCUUUUGCUUUAUCUUUCCGAAUGAUAAUAAUGUGAGAGUUUAGCUUCUUGUUGGGGGCGCUCUGCUUCAAUAAAACUUCCUUUUUCAACCAAAUGGAUCGCUCUGCUAUGGCUGUUGGGCCAGGAAUGGAUAUGCCGAUCAUGCAUGACAGUGACCGCUACGAACUCGUGCGUGACAUUGGUUCUGGUAACUUCGGUGUGGCCAGGCUCAUGAGGGACAAGCACACCGAGGAACUUGUCGCUGUUAAGUAUAUUGAGAGAGGUGAAAAGAUAGAUGAAAAUGUACAGAGAGAAAUUAUAAAUCACAGAUCUCUGAGGCAUCCUAAUAUUGUGAGGUUCAAGGAGGUUAUAUUGACACCAACACAUUUGGCGAUUGUGAUGGAAUAUGCUUCUGGAGGAGAGCUAUUUGAGCGAAUAUGCAAUGCAGGGCGAUUCAGUGAGGAUGAGGCACGCUUCUUCUUCCAACAACUUAUAUCAGGGGUUAGCUAUUGUCAUGCAAUGCAAGUUUGCCAUCGAGAUUUGAAGUUGGAAAACACAUUGUUGGAUGGUAGUCCAGCUCCUCGUUUGAAGAUUUGUGAUUUUGGCUAUUCAAAGUCCUCAGUGCUACAUUCUCAACCAAAAUCUACAGUGGGAACCCCUGCAUAUAUCGCUCCAGAAGUUUUGCUCAAGAAGGAAUAUGAUGGCAAGAUUGCAGAUGUGUGGUCUUGUGGGGUGACCUUAUAUGUCAUGUUGGUGGGUGCAUAUCCAUUUGAGGAUCCCGAGGAACCUAAAAAUUUCCGCAAGACAAUACACAGGAUUUUGAAUGUUCAGUACUCAAUUCCAGACUAUGUUCAUAUAUCUCCCGAGUGCCGUCAUCUGAUAUCAAGGAUUUUUGUUGCUGAUCCUGCAAAAAGAAUAAGUAUUCCUGAGAUUAGAAACCAUGAGUGGUUUUUGAAGAACCUUCCAAGUGAUCUGAUGGAUGGGAAUAACAACAACCAGUUUGAGGAGCCUGAUCAACCAAUGCAAAGCAUUGAAGAAAUCAUGCAGAUAAUCAGAGAGGCAACAAUUCCUGCAGCUGGAUCUCAGUCUCCCAACCAUGAUCUUACUGGUAGCUUGGAUAUUGAUGAGGACAUGGAUACAGAUCCUGAUCUUGACUUAGAUAGCAGUGGAGAAAUAGUGUAUGCUAUGUAAGUUGGUGUAAGGCCAUUCAGCUGAUUUUGAGAGUCAAUACAAUCUUAUGUCUAAAGCUUCUUCUUCAUUGCUUUGUGAAAUAUUUACAAAUAUACUUCACUUCUACCAUGAAGGAUUGUGUUAUGGAAUUUUCCUUGUGCUGGGAGAAAUCCAUUCUGCUUGAAUUUAAGUUGUAUUUAUGGUCUUACCUCAUUACUUCAUCUUAUUCAUAGUUGGCUUAUUUUUAUA